AUAACCGGACGUGCUGCCUCAUAAAAAUGUCCGUCGAUGAUUCAAAGUUGAUUUUGGAGGAACACAACAAGACAAAUGGAGACAGACUUCAGUUCUUUGCUCAGAUUAAUGAGGUUCACCCAAAACCAGGAAGCGCCCAAAAACGGUGCAAGUCUUACCAGUGUGGAAAGACUUUCAGGCAGUUAUCUCAUAUAAAACACCACCAGCUCAUCCAUGAUGAGGAAAAACCACACACCAGUGACCAGUGUGACAGUGCUUUUAGUCAGUCAUCUCAUCUAAAACAUCUUAUUGACAGUGAGACAAAAACAUUCACCUGUGACCAAUGUGGGAAAUAUUUCAGCCGCAUCUGUACCCUUCAAAUUCACCAAAGCAUCCACAGUGGAGAUAAACCAUACACAUGUGACCAAUGUGGGAAAUCUUUCAACCGGUUAAAUACCCUGGAAAGUCACAAACGUAUCCACAGUGGAGAGAAACCAUACACAUGUGACCAAUGUGGGAAAUCUUUCAACCGGUUAAAUACCGUGGAAAGUCACCAACGCAUCCACAGUGGGGAGAAACCAUACACCUGUGACCAAUGUGGGAAAUCUUUUAGCCAGUUAUCAAGCCUAAAACGCCAUCAACACAUCUACAGUGGAGAGAAACCGUACACUUGUGACCAGUGUGGGAAGUCUUUCAGUCAUUUAUCGAGCCUAAAACACCAACACUUCCACAGUGGAGAGAAACCAUAUGUCUGUGGCCAAUGUGGGAAAACUUUCAGGCAGUCAUCUGCCAGACAAAAACGCCAACACAUCCACAGUGGAGAGAAACCAUACACUUGUGACCAAUGUGGGAACUCUUUCAACCGGUUAAAUACCCUGGAAAGUCACCAAUGUAUCCACAGUGGAGAGAAACUGUACACCUGUGACCAAUGUGGGAAAUGUUUCAGCCAGUUAUCGAGCCAACAACAACACCAACGCAUCCAUAGUGGAGAGAAACCGUACACCUGUGACCAAUGUGGGAAAUCUUUCAGACAGUUAUCGAAUCUAUAACAACACCAGCGUUAUCACAGUGGAGAGAAACCGUACACCUGUGACCAAUGUGGGGAAUCUUUCUGCCAUUUAGCGAGCCUACAAAUACACAAACUCAUCCACAGUGGAGUGAAACAGUACAUCUGUGACCAAUGUGGAAGAACUUUCGGCAAGUCAUCAACCUUAAAAACACACCAACGCAUCCACAGUGGAGAGAAACCAUACACCUGUGACCACUGUGGGAAAUCUUUCAGUGUGUUAUGUACCCUGCAAAAUCACCAACGCAUCCACAGUGGAGAAAAACCAUACACCUGUGACCACUGUGGGAAAUCUUUCAGUGUGUUAUGUACCCUGCAAAAUCACCAACGCAUCCACAGUGGAGAAAAACCAUACACCUGUGACCAAUGUGGGAAAUUUUUCAGUCAUUUACCUAGCCUAAAAUACCACCAACGCAUCCACAGUGGAGAGAAACCAUACACCUGUGACCAGUGUGGGAAAUCUUUUAGCUAUUUAUCGAGCCUAAAACAACACCAGCACAUCCACCGUGGAGAGAAACCGUACAUCUGUGGUCAGUGUGGGAAAACGUUCAGUGAGUCAUCUGCCAGACAAAAGCACCAACGCAUCCACAGUGGAGAGAAACCAUACACCUGUGACCAAUGUGGGAAAUCUUUCAGCCAGUCAUCAACCUUAAAAAUACACCAACGUGUCCACAGUGAAUCAGAAUAGCUUUAAUUGCCAAGUAUCCACAGAAUACAAGGAAAUUGACUUCGGUUGAGCUGCACUCUCCCUGUACGGCAUGUAUAAAUAUGCACUGUUGUUGGUCAUUCAGCUGCUCCCGGUUUGUGUUCGGGGUCGCCACAGCGGAUACAGCCAGAUCCGCAUUGGUAAUUGGCACAAGUUUUACGCCGGAUGCCC